AUGGGAAAGAAACAAGUGUGUCCGCCUCGUGCCCUCCCUCCAGUGCCAAGUGGAAACCAAGAUGAAAUUCCACUCAGUCGUCCGAAAAAAAGGAAGCCCAAAGGAAAGACUCCGUUAGAUGGCAUUGUCCAAGCAGCUGUUCGUCGGCAGUCUGAAAGCAGUGAGCCCCUGACUCCUGAACCUCAUGAUGUCCCUCCUCAGAGGAAACGCAAGAAGAAGAAAAUACCUACCGAUUCCGAGACCUCUUUUACACAGCAAAAUGUUGCAUCCUUAUUUCAGAAUGGAAAUGGCAUGGAUGUCCCUGAAGCUGAAGAAACAGUGGUCCGCAAACAGAGAAAAAGAACAAAGAAACUUCGGCCAGCUGAAACGCACUGUUCCAAUGAGCUGGAAGUGGAGGAGGAAGACAUCAUUGAAGAUGAGCACAGAAAGAGCCCAGAUCAGCAGCCUGUGUUUGCUGCUCCCACUGGAAUUAGCCAGCCUGUUAGCAAAGUGUUUGUUGAAAAAAAUCGGCGUUUUCAGGCGGCUGACCGUGCAGAAUUGAUUAAAACCACGGAAAAUAUCAAUGUACUUAUGGAUGUGAAGGCUUCAUGGACUACCAGAGAUGUCGCCCUCUCAGUGCACCGAAGUUUCAGGGUGAUCGGACUCUUUACCCAUGGCUUCCUUGCUGGAUAUGCUGUAUGGAACAUCAUUGUUAUCUACAUUUUGGCAGGAAAUCAACUUUCCACAGUUUCUAACCUGCUCCAGCAGUAUAAGACACUAGCAUAUCCAGCUCAAAGUUUGUUCUAUUUGUUGCUGUCUAUCAGUACAGUCUCAGCCUUUGACAGGAUUGAUUUGGCGAAAGCAUCAGUUGCACUGAGGGGCUUUCUUACCCUAGACCCAGCAGCAGUAGCCUCUUUCUUGUACUUUGCUGCUCUUAUCUUAUCCUUAAGCCAGCAGAUGACAUGUGACAGAAUUCAUCUCUACUCACCACCUUCGGAAAAUGGCAGCAUCUGGAUGGCAGGUACAGAGGAGGAAAUUGUUCAGCCGUGGAUUGUGGUGAAUCUGGUAGUGUCUAUUCUAGUUGGGGCAAGUUGGAUCUUCUUGUCUUACCGACCAGAGCUAGAUCACAGUGAAGAACUGAUGUUUCAUGCUGAAAUCGAGGAAUUUCCCCAGGGAGAUAUCAUACCCAGGGUCCAGCCAUAG